CGGAGAGGACACGGGGUCCAUGGAACCAAUCUCAGCUUGAAUGUGCUUGUCUAGGAGCGCGUCUGCACACCCUUGGAGGUGGUGUGCCCGGCCUGAGCUACCCAACAGCCUGUGGGCACUAGGAACAAACCAGGCCAUGCCUGGAGGGAGCCUGUCAAGUAGGAGGAUGAAUGCAGGUGUGCACGCUCGGCUGAGCUUUGUCUCUGAGUUGGUUUGCUUACCUCAACGGUUUGUCCCUGUUUGGCGUGUGGCUCUGUUCAUAGGUCUGUAACUGUGUCUUUGCCCGUCAGUCUUCCUGUGACCCCGUGCUUUUCUCUCUUUCUCUCUGUCCCUGUCUCUGUCCCUCUGUCCGUGAGUGAUGUGAGGCCAGGCCGGGGGCAGUCGCAGCCGCGUCCUCUCUUGCCCUCAUUGGUUCGCAGCCGUCCCCCCGGGCAGCCGCCGCCAGUCCCGCCCCUCCCCCGCACCCCCGCCCGGGACCAGAGCGCGCUCAGAGCCGCCAGAAAGCUCAGUCUCCUGCUCAAAACAGGAGUGCAGCAGCCGGAGCGAGUGGGGACAAGCUCGCCGAACACCGGGCGUCUCGACAGGGACCCGAGGCUGCAGGACUGCUCCGAGACGCUGCGGUGACGGCAGCGCCGGAGGAUGCGGAGGACUCUCUGGCCACCCGCCCUCCGUGCGCUCUGCCACCAGCGCUGAGCAGAGACCCCCGGCUGCGGCUGCACUCGCUGAGUGCCUCUCCCAGCAGCCGCAGCCCAGAGGUGCCCGGCACCUGGAGCUCACUGGAGCUGAGGGUCCGAGCUGAGCUGGCUGUUGUAAAGCCGAAAGACGAGUCAGUGACUGGGACCUCUGUCCUGGUGGCGACGGUGAGAAACGGUGAGCCCGAGGACGCGGCAUAGAACUCUCCAGCCCCGAGCACUGGGGUCCGCCCGCCGGCAGGGAAGGCAGCUGAGCGCAGAGGCGAGUGAGCGGACGCGUCCUGGGGUCUUUGCAGUCCCCGCCAGCCCAAGGCACUGACUCUCGGUCAGUUGAGCGCGGCAGGGCGGGAGAGGCGCGCCAUGGAGGCGCCGGGUUUCGCCAGUAUGCUCCAGGCCAAGUGAAGCGGUCCGGCUGGGGUCGGCGGGACCCGCGGGCCAUGUACGGCGACAUAUUCAACGCCACGGGCGGCCCCGAGGCGGCGGUAGACAGCGCGCUGGCCCCAGGAGCCACGGUCAAGGCAGAAGGCGCUUUGCCGCUGGAGCUGGCCACUGCGCGCGGUAUGCGGGACGGCGCGGCCACAAAGCCCGACCUGCCCACCUACCUGCUGCUCUUCUUCCUGCUGCUGCUCUCGGUGGCGCUCGUCGUCCUCUUCAUCGGUUGCCAGCUGCGCCAUUCGGCCUUUGCCGCGCUGCCCCACGACCGCUCGCUGCGCGAUGCCCGCGCGCCCUGGAAGACGCGGCCGGUGUAGUGUGGGACUGAGCCACGGCCGCCGGGCGCCCAGUCCCGACCUAGCCAAGAGCAGCCAGCUUGAGCCUGGUAGAGAGGGCAUGAUGCCGGGGAUCGCUGGCCCCUGGGAACACUGCGCCCUGACCCAAAGACCCUUCCUGAACUAGAGUGGCAACCCCAGCGGAAAGGGAGACCGAGGCGUCGGGAGGCUGUGUAGGGUCUCGAUUCCAGUACCUGUAGGUACCGUGGUUCUCAUCCCUUGGCCGAAUCUUUCUUCCUCUGGACAAAGGGUCCAGUCGGGAAACCUUCCUGAAAGGCGGCGCGCCAGCCCGGGCACAGAAGGCUUGCUCGCCGCCUGCUGACUUCCUUACUUUGCACACGGAAGGGACAGGAACCGCGAGCGUGCAACUAGCCUGGAGCUACCUGUCUGGACUCGCAGGCCCUGUGGCUGUUUCCCCACUGCUGCCACCACCUCUCUUGCUCCUUGACACCGAGGAGGACCCCACUAGGAUCUCAGCGUCGUGAACUCACCUGAACUUUGGAAGGUUGGCACUCCGGGGCCGCAUCCCCCUGGGGAAAUGACCGAACGCGGGGUUUCAGUGGGUCCCGCCCGGGUCUAAGGACCCUGUGUUCCUUCUGUGGGCACGGGCAGUGGGAGGCCAGUGGAAAGGCGCAGGGGCCCACCUACGCGUCUCACAUCUUCAGGGGCCGCAUUUCUACAAUAAAAACUCACCCAAUUAGACCUA